GACUGGCGACUGUGCACCGAGUGUCGCCACCCGGGCUGGCUCACUGGGCGCCGCUGCUUGCAAGGGGAGGGUCCAGACAGCGAUCGGUGGUUUUGCCGCCGUUGCUGGCGCUCCUUUUGCGGUGAGGCCGAACGCGACCCAAUGGAACGGGCGGCUGAAGCAAUGCAGUUGCGACUCGUGAACAAGGUCAAGCAGAUGCAGAAGAAGAAAGGCAUGAAGAAGGCGUGGGAAA